ACAAUAAGUGGCAAACAUAACUUUAUACUUUGCUUUAAGUUUGAAUUUAAUAAGUAAAAUGCAAAACGGUCCCAGUUUAGUCAGUGGAGCAGUGUUUUUUUGCUUCCUGAUCGUAUCCUCAACAUGUCUUGGAGAAGUUGGCAACGAUGUUAGUUAUCAAAGUGACAGUACUGAGAGCGACUUCGAAUCAAAAGGACAGAGCGUCAUCCAACCUGAUCAGACGUCUUGCACAACAUGUACCCUAAUGGCACUAGCAUUAAAGAAAUUUGUCAAUCAACAUUAUGAUAUGAAGACAGCUCUGGAUAGCGUGUGCUCUGUGCAGCCAAAUGAAGAUCUGAAAAAUAAAUGCUGGGAAAUGUUAGAAACGCACAAACUUCAGAUUAUUGAAUUAUUGUCGAAAAAUGUAGCUUAUCAAGAAAUUUGCAGAACUAUUAACAUGUGCUCAUUGCUGGAGGAUGGAUAUGAAAACAUCCAACUCGUGGACACAUUCCCCGAGUCGACUAAUGAUGAAUUAAUUCAGAAUAUGAUGCAAUAUUUAUUAGAAGACAUUCAACUCGUGGAGACAUUCCCUGAGUCGACUGAUGAUGAAUAUUCCAUCGAAAAAAUUCCAUUUCUGGUAGAACAGCAUAAUUGGCUGAAUGGAGCAGAAUGCUACGUUUGUAAGAAAGUUAUCAAAGAGUUCAAAAAAUUUGCGGAACACCAUAACGACAAGGGUAGUAUUGAGAGGGCAGUGCAUCAAAUCUGCCAUAAGCUAGGUAAACUUUCUCAUAAGUGCGAAAAAUUGGCGGAGAAGCACCUCAAUAAGAUUGUCGACCUAAUAUUAAAGCGUGUCAAUAACAAAAAAAUCUGCAAAACAAUUGGAAUGUGUAAAUCUUCUAUUCGAAAUGAAGAUGUUGAACUGUUUCAAAAGGACACGGAAACAAGUAAAGCACUGCAGGGACUACAAUUAGAAAAUCCUAAGCAAGGUCCUUUUCGUUUAAUUUGUGAGCUCGUUCUGGAAAAGUUUGAGAUGUUACUAGACACUAAUGAAAAACGUAACCACAUCUUGCACAGAAUGCUAUUUACAUGUGAUAAACUUCCAACAUUUAUGCGUGAACCGUGCCAAGAUGUCAUACAUAGUUAUGGUUAUGCUCUCUUGGAUUUGCUAAGCAAACUAACACCCCAUGAGUUCUGUCACAUUCUCGCAAAUCGUUUAGAUCUGACCAACUGAAUAGACAGAAAAGCAUACAGAGAUCUGAUAAAUCACUUAAUCAAUUAAUCUUAUUAAACUUCCUAAAUUUAUUUCUUGUAUUGGAAGUGGACGCCGCCAAACUUUAAUAUCAGCGGUACGGUUUAUGAUUUUAUAAAAUAAAAAUUAGCACAUUAUUUUCCAUUUGUAAAACGAAAUAGAAACGUAAUUUUGUUCAAAACGGCUCUAAGCGUUUAAAUAAAGCACAAAGCAAUAUA